AAGCCUAGCAGGAGACUUCGGCAAGGUGUCAGAUAUUGGCUCACGUUAAUUUUCGCAACUAAGUACAAGCAAGUUGUGUAUCUCAACCUCAGAACAAAGAACUUGUCUUGAUUUCGCAACAAUUUUUUCAUUUUCUUCACUACACAGAACGAACCAGAACGAAAACCGCAUUCGAAAAAAAUGGCGGGUGGCAAGAAAGCGAUGAAGAAAGUCAUGAAGAAGAUCAUGAAAAAAGCAGCACCUUCUACGAACUCUGCCUCGACUGAGACCACAUCAAAGGCCGAGCAAUCCAAACCGGCUGCGGAGAACAAAAUGGAUGUGGUGGAGGACAGCGACAACGAAGAAUCUUCCUCCUCGGCCGUGGCACCCGAGGAGCUUGCGGAACGCGCAGCGGAAGAGCUCGCGAAGAAAACAACAGGACCAAGUGCACCAAGCUCUAGCACAACUCCGGCGGCAAAAGAAAAGAAAAUCGUCAAAGCAUCUGACGACGAGAACGAGGGCAGCGCUGAAGAAACCGGGGACAUCGAGAUGCUGGAGGAAGAGGAUCUGAGCGAGGAUGAGGCAGACGCAGAUGUAGCCGGCGCUAGUACGACCGCAAAUGCAAAAAACACAGCGCAAGAAGGAGAACAAGAUGACGACGAGAACGUUGCUCCCGAUGAGGAAAAGGUCGUGGUGGAGGAAUUUGCAAAAGACCCCUACCUGCUGAAAGACGCGGAGUACAUCAAAACGGACCCAAACUGGAAGAACAAGCAACGCACACUCUUGUUCAGCACGCGGGGCAUCUCCGGCCAGCACCGACACCUGAUUGACGAUUUGAAGAAGCUGUUGCCGCACCACAAGGUGGAAUCGAAAGUCGAAAAGUCGCAGGAUUUCACCGUAGUUAACGAAAUCGCCGAGCUGAAAUCGUGUAACAACGUGUGUUUUUUCGAAGCGAGGAAACACCAGGACUUGUACCUGCACGUCGCAAGGGUCCCGUGCGGCCCCACGGUGAAGUUUCAGGUGCUGAACAUCCACACCUCCGGCGAGGUGCGACUGAGCGGAAACUGUCUCCAGUACAGCAGACCACUGCUCACCUUCGACGCACCGUUUGACGCCGUGCCGCACUUGAAGCUUAUCAAAGAACUGUUUGUCCAGGUAUUGUGACAAGGCUGCUGUCAAAAUGUUUUUAUUGCGGUUGAUUAUUUGGAUGUGCUUGCGCAAGGUUUCGCGCUUUUUUUGUACUCAUACAUUGGAUUUUUCUUUUUUGAUUUUGAAAAAACUAAAAAAAAAAUUCUUGACGUAAACAUAAACAAUACACAGACAUUCGGAACGCCGCGGAACCACCCAAAGAGCAAGCCGUUCCACGAUCAAGUGCUAUCAUUCUACUAUGCGGACGAGAAGAUCUGGGCCCGGCACUAUCAGAUUUCGCCUCUGACAGACGCCGACGCGAAUGAUCCCGAGAAGCAGACGCUAACGGUAUCAAAAUGAAAAAUCCCCCCACCCCAUAUCAAAACGAAGUUUGUGAUGCUGGAUUUGCGUACACAAAUCAGAUUGGUCUUGCUGGAGAGGACUGCAGGCCCAUACUAAGCCUGAGCGGAGAGGUUUCGGGCUAGGCUCUUAGCAUGAGAAACGUCUGCGCUGUAGGCCCAACAGCAUCACAAACCGCCUGCAUAAAGCGGCGGCUGUCUGUGGAGUUGCCUUCUUGCAAGACAGAGAUGAUUUGUGGUCGCAAAUCAGCAUUGCAAAUUUUCUGCUACGUACCUUUUCGAUAUGGGGAGGGGGGAUUUUUCCUCACAAUAAACGGAGAUUGGGCCGCGUUUCGUAUUGGAUCCGAUUUGGAUCCUGCAGGGGAGCUUCUCAGGCCAGAAAAUUUACCACAACAACAAUUUCAGCACCCCCACCGCGGUGCGCAGGGAAAACAAGCAAAAGCUCGGAGUGCGGGCAAAGGUACGUGAUUUGCUUUUAGAAAGAUAUUUGAUAUGGACGUUAACGUAUGUUUCUUUGCGUGAUAGUAGAUGAUGAUGAUGAUGAUGCGUGUAGUAGUGCUUUUCUUGCGAUGUCAGCGGCGACAGCCGGCUUGGUGCUACUCAUAUGGCAUGGUGAUGCUCAUGGUCGACUGCAUCGAUAUGCCUGUUUAUCAACUUUUUCUCAAAAACCAAACGCAGGUGCGUGCAGAGCAAGACGAACAGACCCGACUCACGAACAAGAAGCUAGAAAGAGCCGCGGAUCCGACUGAAGCAAUCUUCGAGGAGUAUUCAUAAGUCUGUAUGGAAUAUUAUGAAUUUUUCCGAGCACAGUGAGGGAGCUGGACUUAGUAUCGCUGAGGUUCUUUAUUUCUGACGCCAGAAAAGAAGCAUCCGAAAGGAUUGGGGACACUGCGGAUUGUUUUAAGUGCGCAUGCAUGAUCAUCUCGAUUAUUACGCUCGAUGUCUUAUCGCCAUCGAUCGGAUUCGGACGGCCGAC